UAUGUGACUAGAAAAUAUUGAGCGAACGACCACAUUAAAUAGGGUGGUUAAAAAUAUUGUAUGGAAACUUUAUUAUGUGGGCUAUACUAUUUUGUAAGAUUAUUAUAAGUACUUUUAGAUACAACUCCUUGCCUAGACUAAUAACUAUUUGGUAAUCAAAACAAUAUUGCAACACUUUAUCACUAGCGAGCCAAGACAGUGAUUUGAAAAAUGCUGGCUUCAAGAAAUGUUCAUCAGACUGCAGCAACAGCGAAGCUGCGUUUACCUUGAUGGUAUAUACAUAUGUUCAUAGGUAUUGUAUGUACAUAUGUGUGUUUAUACAAUAGUUAUAUCCUAGAGAAGUGGACAAUCCAUUAGUUGAUGUUUGACCGCCGAGCAAAAAUGAGUGAAAAUGUAAAAGUUGUAGUGCGGUGCCGUCCCAUGAGCCGAAAGGAAAAUGAAAGUAAAUGUGAAAACAUUGUGGAAAUUAAUGAAUACUCAAUAUCUGUGCUUAAUCCCUCGGCCCGUAACAGUCAAAAAAAAAUGUUCACAUUCGAUAGUGUGUACGACAUGAUCUCAAAAACUGAAGUUAUAUAUAACGAAAUGUGCUAUUCUUUAGUUGAGAGCACAUUAGAUGGAUACAAUGGCACUAUAUUUGCUUAUGGCCAGACUGGCUGUGGUAAAACACAUACAAUGCAGGGCUAUGGUAACGUUCAAGAAGGUUAUAAUUGCGGAAUAAUUCCCAGAUGUUUUGAACAUAUUUUUGAAACAAUAUCUAUGGCCACUAAUAUUAGAUAUUUGGCUUUAGUAAGUUAUUUGGAAAUUUACAAUGAAAAUAUUCGAGAUUUGUUGUCUGAUUCUACAAGUGUUAUAAAUCAUCCGCUUAAAGAAAUACCAGGCGUGGGAGUAACAGUGCCAACGUUAUCUACACAACCUGUAAUCAACGCAAAACAAUGCUUUUAUUGGCUAAAAUUAGGCAACAAAAACCGUGUUACAGCUUCUACUCUAAUGAAUGAAAAAAGCUCCCGCUCUCACUCAAUAUUUACAAUAAGUUUGGAGCAAUUUCAAGGACCUUCUUCCCCAUCUGUAUCUACUAUUUCAUCGGGAGAUGUUAUGGGAGGAAUUCGUCGUGGAAAAUUAAACUUGGUUGAUCUAGCAGGUUCUGAAAGACAGCGUAAGACUGGAGCUCAGGGUGAGCGGUUCAAGGAAGCUACUAAGAUCAAUUUAUCACUUUCUGCUUUGGGCAACGUAAUUUCAUCGUUGGUCGAUAGUAAAUCAAAGCAUGUACCAUAUCGGGACUCAAAACUUACUCGUCUUCUACAGGACUCUUUAGGAGGCAAUACAAAAACUCUCAUGAUAUCAUGUAUUUCACCAGCAGACUCAAACUACGACGAGACUUUAUCCACACUGCGUUACGCUAGCAGAGCAAAACAUAUUUCAAACAAGCCAAAAAUUAACGAAGAUCCAAAAGAUGCUCAGCUUCGUCAGUAUCAAAAUGAAAUAUUACAUUUAAAAAAAAUGCUCGAAGAGUCCGAACAAAAAGUAUUCCUAAGGAAAGACCAAGAUAACACAGUAAGACAAUUGUCUCAUAUUUAUUAUAAUUUACACAGUCGAAAAUCAGACGUUGAGAUUGCCAAUAUACAUUUCCCUACACCAAAUAGCGAAACAGACAACCUAUUUGAGCUAAAUAAAUCAAAAGCAUCCGAAUCAAACGACGAGCUGCAAUUACAAGCACGAAAUCGUAUAGAUUUUAUUAAACGCACUUUGAUUGGAGGUGAACGUGCUAAUGAUUUGCAGCUAAGGGAACGUCAUAGGGUACGAAAAAUAGCAGCACAACGCCAUUUAAGUGCGAUCGCCAACGCAUUAAGUAGAGUUGAAAGCGAAGAUCGAGAUCUUUUGCAAGGUCAUUACGCUAGUAUUACACAGGAAAUAAACAUAAAAAAUGAGCAUAUAAGAACCUGCAAACAAAAAAUUAAAAUGCUUGAAAGAGAAGUUGGCGACUUAAAUUCCGAGUUUCAGCUAGAUCGAGAGGAUUAUUUAGAUGAAAUUCGAGAUCUCGGACGAAACGUUAAAUUUUUUCAGCAACUUUUUAAUAAAGCUCAGCCUAUUCUUCGGAGAAACGGAAAAAAUUGGUGUCCCUCCGUUAUUCUAGAAAACUCUGUUUGGAAUGAUGAUCUUAAGGUUUGGAGGAUCCCAGAUACAGAUAGCUUAAAACUACCGCCAGCUCAUCUGAUCCCUGAUUUUCAGCGUGUCAAUAGCUCAGGAAUAAAUGAUAUUAAAAGCCCCAAAUAUAUUGAAAAAAAAAGAAAUAUCGGCAGUGUGGAAGUGGAAGCUGAUGACAAAGACUCGGAAAGCUCAGACAUAUCCAAAGAAACGUAUAAUGUAAAUAUACUUCAAAAUUACUUUCGAUCAAACCGUCAAAAAAAUAAGGACUCUGAACCCAGUACUCAUCGCACUAAGAAGUUUUACGUAGAAAAAGAUGUUUUAUCAACCAAAAUCAACAUUCCAAUGGCAACUCAACUAAAAAAAUUGGUGCAUCCCAUAAAAAGUAUAACAGAUCCCGAUCAUUUUAAAAUGGAAAAUCUUUUGGGACAGGAAGAAUUAUUAACACCAACGCCCAAUAGACAUUCUAAGCCGGAUUUAAUAUUGCUAGAUGAAGAAAUUUCAGCAUAAUUUAAAAUGUUGUAAAUUUAAACAAAUUUACGCGGCUGUCGUUAAGUUUAAAGACUUAAUAAUAAACUCAAACAUUAAAAAAUUUAAAAUAAAAUGGUCGAAGAAUAAUAAUUCUUAUUUAUUCUUACAACUUAAUUCAUGAAUAUCUACUAAAGAGUUGGGAUCGACGUAAGUAACGCACAGAAGUAACAUUUUUCGAACCUAUAAACUUU